AUGAGUUGGCAGGUCCUCACCAGGUGGGGGCAAGCUGGUGGAGCUGGCAUGUGUGACAUGGUGCGAGUGCUGGAGCGGCGGGUGGGCACUGGACCCAGCCAGUACAGAAGUGGGGGUCAAUGGACGCUAACCAUGCCCGGCCUUUAUGCCUUCAGCCCCAGUCCUUCGCUGUAUUUCAUUGCCCACACUCUUCACCUCCCAACAUUCACUUUUGCAGCUUUUCUAUCCAAUAACGCAAAAACGAUUGUUUUCUUCGAGGACAAAAACUUCCAGGGCCGUCGCUAUGAAUGCGACAGUGACUGCUCCGACUUCCACACCUACCUGAGUCGCUGCAACUCUAUCCGUGUGGAGAGCGGGGCCUGGGUGGUGUACGAGAAACCAAAUUACACGGGUUACCAGUACGUCCUGACCAAGGGAGAGUACCCGGACUACCAGCGCUGGAUGGGCCUGAACGACCGCCUCAGCUCCUGCAAAAUGAUCCACUUUACAAGCGGCACGCAGUACAAGAUGCAGCUGUACGAGAAGGCCGACUUUGGUGGUCAGGCCUACGAGACCUCUGAGGAUUGCCCCUCUCUCCUGGACAAGUUCCGCUGGAGGGAGGUCUACUCCUGCAAGGUGUACGACGGCUGGUGGGUUUUCUACGAGAACCCCAACUACCGUGGACGCCAGUACUUCCUGGAGAAGGGAGAAUACCGCAAACCCGGAGACUGGGGCGCCGUCAGUCCCACCGUCCAGUCCUUCAGGCGCUUCACUGAGUAAUCAACCUCCAUCCAAACUAUUUAAGGAAAAUUACCCAAUAUGCUAUUUGAUUCUGGUUUCACUAAUUAUUAUUUGAUUUUGAACUGAGGUCUCAAAAAUAAAAUCCUGUCCCCUAAGCAAACAGAUAGCAACAUCUCUGGAUUUUUGUUUAUGAGUUAUUUAUUGUAUUUUUCAGGUGUAAUUAUCCACUUUUUAAAACUCAACAAUGAAAACAGAGUUUAAAAAGUCCUAAACUCUCUGAUUGGUCCAUUUUCAUCCUGUCUGGAGGAUGAUCAGUGGACUUUUCACCGAAUAUGGCUCCAGAAAAAUACAUGAUAUAAAAUGGAUUUACUAGGGGUGCAUUUCCAACAAGUGUUCUUGUUUAGACCACUAUGGUACAGCAUGUACAGCACUAAAAUAUCCAAAAUACCAAAAUAUCCACUCUGUACUGCUACUCCUCUGGUAUCCUUCUGUUAGGGUACCAAGAGCUCCUUUCUGACUCAAAACAGUGGAGCUACAUGCACAGCAGUCCACAGAUUGGUAGAAGAAAUACAUAAUUUCCCAUGCAACAAUGGUAAAACUGUACAAAAACAAAGCACUCGUCCUAUGACUCUGCAUGUAAAUAUGAGGACAAUAUAGUUCGGUUUCCUUCAAAACAGAAAUCAUUUCUGCUUUCUGAAGUUUUAGAAUACUUAUCCAAAUGUUCACUGAAGUUGAAUUAUUUGCUUUGAGAGAAUUUGCUAUGAAGUUUUCAAGAAUUUUCAUGGGAAUUAUGGAGAAUUUGUUAAGAUGUUUUGCGUAAUUACUCAGAAAUUUUCAAGUCCUUUCAAGGAAAUUUAUUGAGUUAGGGUUUGUAUAUUAUGGAGAGUUUCAUGAACAGUUGUGGAAGUUUGCUUUGGAUUCUUUUGCAUUUGUAUGGUGGGAAGUUGGGAAAUUUGUCUACAUAUUUGGGGAGAUUUGAUUUGAAAUUUGGGAAAUGUAAUUUUGGGGAUAUUUUUUGACUGCAUUUCUAAAAUUUGAUUUGAAAUUGUGUGUGUGUGUGUGUUUGUGGGGGGGUUGUCCCUGAAAUUUUUAAGAAUUUUCAUGGAAAAUUCAGGGAAUUUGUCUGUUUGCAGAACAUAUUUGGGGAAAUAUGUUUGUAAUACAUUUGUAAUUUUGGGGGAAUUUGCUUGAAAUUUUCAGGAAUUUCUUUGAUUUUUUAAAUGUUUGGGAAAUAUUUGAAGAAAUGCUGGGGUCCUUCUUCUUUGACAAUCUAAAAAUAUAUAUAUAAGGAUUUUUAUAAUAAUUCAUAGAAUUUAGAUUUUUUUUGCAGAAUCUGCUUUGAAAUUUUUGAGUUCUUUGAGGAAAUUUUUGGGAUAUGGUUUGUUAUAUUUAGGAGAGUUCCUUUAAAAGUUUUGCUUUGGUAUUUUCAUGGGAAUUUGGUAAAUUUGUAUUAAAUUUGUUGUGGAAAUUUUCAGACAUUUUUAUGGAAACUUGGGAAGUGUAUUUGUAAUUUUAGGAAUUUGGUGGUGGGGGUGUGUGAUUUAAAAUUGUUAGGUAUUUUUGUGGAUAAUUUCCUUUGGUUUUUUUUUGGGGGGGGGGG